AUGAAUUCGCAACAUGCAGAACAACUCUCGAAUGCAUCCGUGCCAUCGUCAGAGUAUCACGAACAGGCACCUCCACUGCCAGCUCGUACUGUCAACACCUCAAAUGCUUUGCAAGCAAAACUAUCAUACCCAGUACCACCUCGACGAUUGAGUAGUGCCAGAUCAUCAAAUGAGGAUAUCUCAUCACCAGUGCAUUACACUCGAGAUCCACAUCGCCUCGUUGCUUACUUGAUCCCGUUCCCGAAACCAAAACUCCAUGGCAUCUCGCCAGACGCUAUUCCAACCAGAUUUCUGAUCUAUACUCCCNCGCCUCCUCCUCUGAAGGCGCCUGCAGAAGGAGAGAAGGAAGCCAAGGUUCACAAACUGCAACGCAAAUGGCAAGAAGAAGUGCGCUCGGCAAAGACGUCAACUGCUAAGACUGCGAGCUGGAAAGGUGUCAAAGGCAAAGCUACGAAAGCAAUCGACACAGCAAUGGGUUGGACAAAGAGCUCUAACCUCGAAUUCAUCAACAGAAUCAACGUUGACGGCGAGAAGGGAUCUGAAGCGCACGCACGGGACGAGAAUACUGAGAGAGUGACUCACCGUACAGUCGGUCUCGAGGAAAUGUGUCUUAUCUAUCCCAUCAGCGUCAAGAGCAGUCCAGAUCAGCUCAAGGUGGAGUUUGUCGAAUCAAUGAUGCGAAGCAAGAGCAAGGCCCAGAGAGACUCGAUCAUCGCCACUGGAUUGUUGCCUGUAUCUGCCGCGAUCGACAUCAUGCUUACACUGAUAUGGCCGUUCGGAGGACUGUUGGAGAUUGACGCAGUCUGGGCCGCUGCUUCGAUCAGAGGCGCGAAAAUUUCUCGAAACGUGACCAAAAGACUCCACUCUACUUCCACGAGCGGCAAUCAUGAUGAAGACACUUUGAGACUUUCGUUCCAUCCUUCAUCCCGUCUCGAAGUACUGGACAAAUAUCUGGAGGCGAGAUGCCACGAGAAGGACGCAAAAAUCUUUCCAUCUUUCGGUUGUGUGCCGACAGAGACAGAGUGUCUCCAGGCAAUAGGAUGGGCUCCCAGUCAGACCGAUGGAGAGACAAGAAAUUGGGAAGAUGAGUACUGGGAAACUGCAGAGGUAAAGGAGGACCUCAAGACUGUUUUGACCAAAGCAGCACACGAGUGGGACAGGUGGUGCAGAGCCUAUGAGAAGAAUCCCGAGAAAGCAGUGAAGAAGUAA